AUGGGAGCGCUCUGCAACAGUGUUUGCCAGUGUCUUCUUGUGCCACUAUCAAGCUCAAGAUUUGUCCUAUCCUUCCUACAAAUACUUUAUACUCCUCCCUCUUUAAUUACGAUAAAGACCACAGAAGUACCACUGGAAGAAGAACCACCAAUAAGUGCUACUGUCCCUAACUUUGAACCACCCUUUGUUGGGGUUAACAGAGAUUUCUCCAACCGUCUUCCUCAAUACCUUUCGGAUAUCACGGAUGGACUCAAUGCUCGUCCCUCGCUGCCAUUCUCUUUCUCUUCUUCGCCUGUUAGGCGCCGGCCAUUGGCUUUGGCAUCGUGUUGGGCAGCGCGACGGGCAAUUCCAUGGGCGUCAUUGAAAUGGUGGCCAGCACCAGUUUUGAGCGGAGUUCUCUGCGCUCUCUGUUCGGCACAACCCGUGCAAUUGAUUGGACCGCAAGGACCCGUCGUUGCCUACAUUGCCGCUUUGUAUCCACUGGCCAAGAUGUUGGGGUUGCCCUUUCUACAGCUCUACGCCAGUGCGGGACUCUGUGCCAGCGCUUUUUUGGCGCUGUUUGCCUUGGUAUCCGCCUCCAAUGUAGUCCAACAUUUGACCAGGUGGACAGACGAGAUAUUUUCGGUUUUGGUCUCGACAAUCUUUCUGGUACAGGCCGUGACUGAUGUUUCCACCACUUUUGCAGCAGCAGGUCCUCCUGUGACGGCAUUGCUUACUUUGGUGAGUUGCAGUUUGACCUUUGGAACCGCCAUGAUGCUGAGGUCUUUGAAUAGGACCAACUACUUGACUCAGAGCAUUCGAAAGAACUUGGCAAACUUUGCCCCCGCGGUUGGUGUGGUGAUCGGAUCUUUGGCCACUCGAGUCGCCCGGUUGAACUGGGGAGCGGCACUCCCGGCAUUGCAGCUUCCAAGUGAAUUUGUCACAUCGUCAGGUCGACCUUGGCUACUGUCUCUGGCGACUACUACGCCCUCCAAACUAUGGAUGGGGGCCCUUCCAGCCGGUCUCGCAGCCGCCAUUCUGUUGUAUUUGGACCAAACCAUCACCGCUCGACUGGUCGGGCAGACAACAAAUAGGAGGGGCACUCUACCAUGA